CAUAAGUCUGCCCAUCUGUGUUGACGGAAGUCGCAGUGACGUGUCAGUGUUGACGCUGGGGAUUGUGGGAGCCCGGAGAGAUGGCGGAGUUAGGGGAUUGACAGCUCUAGCAGACAGCGGUGGGGAAUCAUGACACGAGCUUGAGCGAAAAGAAUAUCAAUAGGGUGCAAAGUACCGGGUUCUCGCCUCCAGUUCCCUUCCCUGUUCAGAAUUGAAAGGACGAGGCAACAUGUCCUCCACCAGCACCACCAGCAGCCCGGAGGCCAUCAAAAAGCUUCUGGAUAACAUGCAGAGUGAUCUCCGGGGCUUGUCCAUGGAAUGCAAGAAGAAAUUCCCCCCAGUGAAAGAGGCUGCAGAAUCAGGCAUAGUCAAGGUGAAAAACAUAGCAGCAAGGAGCCCUGACGUACUGACAGCUUUGAAGGAGAACAGUUCUGAAGUAGUCCAGCCUUUCCUCAUGGGCUGCGGAACAAAAGAACAGAAAAUAACCCAGCUUUGCCUUGCUGCUAUCCAGAGACUCAUGUCACAUGAAGUGGUGUCUGAGGGUGCUGCUGGUAAUAUCAUCAACAUGUUGUGGCAGCUGAUGGAAAAUGGCCUUGAGGAACUUAAGCUGCUUCAGACUGUACUUGUGCUUCUGACAACCAACACAGUAGUCCAUGAUGAAUCCCUUUCAAAGGCAAUCGUCCUUUGCUUUCGACUGCACUUCACAAAGGAUAAUAUAACUAAUAACACUGCUGCAGCUACGGUGAGACAAGUUGUGACUGUGGUAUUUGAGAGGAUGGUAACUGAAGAUGAACGCCACAAAGAUGCAGUGGAACAACCGAUACCUGUCACUGGAAACAGCAAUAGAAGAUCUGUCAGUACUUUAAAGCCCUGUGCUAAGGAUGCAUACAUGCUCUUCCAGGAUCUGUGUCAGUUAGUAAAUGCUGAUGCCCCCUACUGGCUGGUGGGUAUGACAGAAAUGACAAGGACAUUUGGUCUGGAACUUUUGGAAUCGGUCCUUAAUGACUUUCCGCAGGUGUUCUUACAGCAUCAGGAAUUUAGUUUCCUGCUUAAGGAAAGAGUUUGCCCUCUUGUGAUUAAAUUGUUUUCACCAAAUAUUAAGUUUCGCCAAGGCUCCAACAGCAACUCUUCACCAGCUCCUGUUGAGAAGCCAUAUUUUCCAAUCUGUAUGCGUCUCCUUAGAGUUGUAUCUGUCCUGAUUAAGCAAUUCUACAGUCUUUUGGUAACAGAAUGUGAGAUUUUCCUGUCUCUGCUUGUCAAGUUCUUGGAUGCAGAUAAGCCCCAGUGGUUGAGAGCUGUAGCAGUAGAAUCCAUACACCGUCUCUGUGUGCAGCCACAGCUACUCAGGUCUUUCUGUCAAUCAUAUGACAUGAAACAACACUCCACAAAGGUUUUCCGUGAUAUUGUGAAUGCGCUUGGUUCAUUCAUUCAAUCUCUCUUCCUUAUACCAAGUGCUGGGCCUGCAUCUGCCACCACUAACCCACCUGGUGGGUCUAGUUCCAUAACUCCAGCUUCAAAUCCGACCACAUCAGGAAUGGCUGCUGCAACUAGUAAUACAACAGUACUCCCUGCUUUUGAAUACAGAGGCACCUGGAUUCCCAUCCUGACCAUUUCAAUUCAAGGCAGUGCUAAAGCUACAUAUCUAGAAAUGCUGGAUAAGGUAGAGCCACCAACUAUUCCUGAAGGCUAUGCCCUGUCAGUAGCAUUUCACUGUUUAUUAGAUCUUGUGCGAGGCAUUACCACCAUGAUUGAAGGAGAAAUAGGUCAAGCUGAAACAGACUCGCACAUUUCAGCAGAGGAGACUCCUUCACAUGCCCCAACUAUUAAUCCACAAGAACUUCCAGCAGUAUCUGAUCCUGCUGACAAAGGUUGUAGAAGUGUUUGGGAAGAAAUGAUCAAUGCCUGUUGGUGUGGCCUUCUUGCUGCUCUCUCUCUGCUCCUUGAUGCAAGUACGGAUGAAACCGCAACAGAAAACAUACUGAAAGCUGAAAUGACCAUGGCAUCUCUGUGUGGGAAAUUAGGACUUGUUACACCCAGAGAUGCUUUCAUAACCGCUAUUUGCAAAGGUUCCUUACCACCCCAUUAUGCUCUCACUGUGCUUAAUACAUCAUCUGCAGCAAUAUGCAACAAAUCUUAUUCCAUCCAAGGGCAAAAUGUUCAGAUGAUAAGCCCUUCUAGUGAUUCUCAUCAGCAAGUUGUAGCAGUUGGACAACCGCUGGCUGUACAGCCUCAAGGAACUGUUAUGCUCACAGCUAAAAAUAUCCAGUGUAUGCGCACGUUGUUGAAUCUCGCUCAUUGUCAUGGUGGAUUCUUGGGAACUUCAUGGCAACUCGUUCUUGCAACUCUUCAGCACCUAGUGUGGAUUCUUGGAUUAAAACCUAGCAGUGGUGGAGCAUUAAAACCCGGUCGCGCAGUAGAAGGUCCUAGCACAGUUCUGACCACAGCAGUCAUGACAGACUUACCCAUUAUAUCCAAUAUCUUGUCACGCCUGUUUGAGAGCUCACAGUACUUAGAUGAUGUGUCUCUUCAUCACUUAAUCAAUGCUCUCUGCUCAUUAUCGCUGGAAGCAAUGGACAUGGCCUAUGGCAAUAACAAGGAGCCAUCCCUUUUUGCUGUGGCAAAGCUGCUAGAAACAGGAUUGGUGAACAUGCACAGAAUUGAAAUCCUGUGGAGACCCUUAACUGGACAUCUUAUAGAGAAGGUUUGCCAGCAUCCUAAUGCUAGAAUGAGGGAAUGGGGAGCUGAAGCAUUAACAUCUCUAAUCAAAGCAGGACUAGACUUUAAGCAUGAACCACAACUUUCAGAGAACCAGAGACUACAGUUGCUUUUGUUAAAUCCCCUGAAGGAACUUUCAAAUAUAAUCCACCAUGAUAUUCGACUUAAGCAGCUGGAAUGUGUGCUGCAGAUCCUGCAGAGUCAAGGAGACAGUCUUGGUCCUGGCUGGCCACUUGUCCUUGGAGUGAUAGGAGCUAUCAGAAAUGAUCAAGGAGAAUCUUUAAUACGGAAUGCGUUCCAGUGCCUUCAGUUAGUUGUGACAGACUUCCUCCCGACAAUGCCUUCUACUUGCCUGCAGAUAGUUGUUGAAGUGGCUGGAAGUUUUGGGCUUCAGAAUCAAGAACUUAAUAUUAGUUUAACUUCUAUAGGAUUACUGUGGAAUAUUUCUGAUUACUUCUACCAAAGAGGAGAAACUAUAGAGAAAGAACUUAACCUUGAAGAAGAUUUGCUUCAGAAGCAAGCAAAAGAAAAAGGGAUAAUAUUAAAUCGUCCUUUUCAUCCUGCUCCACCUUUCGAUUGCCUAUGGCUCUGUCUCUAUGCCAAACUGGGGGAGCUUUGUGUUGAUAUACGACCUGCUGUGCGUAAAAGCGCUGGCCAGACUCUGUUCUCUACAAUAGGGGCGCAUGGAACUUUGCUGCAGCAUGCAACAUGGCACACUGUCAUAUGGAAGGUCCUGUUUCAGCUGUUGAAUCAGGUCAGAGAGUCUUCAACUACAGCUGAUAAAGAGAAGAUUGAAUCAGGAGGGGGCAAUAUACUCAUACAUCAUUCAAGGGACACAGCAGAAAAGCAGUGGGCUGAGACUUGGGUACUUACACUAGCAGGCGUGGCUCGCAUAUUUAACACUAGGAGAUACUUGCUCCAGCCUCUAGGAGAAUUUACCAAGGCAUGGGAUGUCCUCCUUGAUCACAUUCAGUCAGCCGCUCUCAGCAAAAGCAAUGAAGUCUCCUUAGCUGCACUAAAAAGCUUUCAAGAAAUCUUGCAGAUUGUUAGCCCUACUAGGGACAAUGACAAGCCAGAGUCUUUGCCUGGAAUUUCAGCACCUGUGCCUGUUCUUAUUGGACCAGUUAAUGCCUCUGGGCCGGGAAGACCGUUAGUAAGAUCUGAUUCCACAGGGGAAAGACUUAGCAGGUAUAGUAUCCCUGAGCAGCCCAUAGCUGUGGAUGAGAUUGAAGACUCAGCUCUAUGGUGGGCAGCCUGGAACACCUGGUAUCGGAUUGGUACAGAAAGCACUAAACCACCAAUUAGUUGUGACAAACUGACAUUUAUCCCUAGCCAGCCUUUUCUCACCGCUUUAAUACAGAUUUUCCCAGCUCUUUAUCAACACAUCAAGACUGCUUUUAGCAUGGACGAUCUACAAAAGCUGGGAGUUAUAUUACACGGGGCAGUUUCAGUGCCUAUAAGCUCAGAUGCCUCUCCUUUUAUUCUCCCCUCUUACACUGAAGCAGUGUUGACAAGUCUGCAGGAAUCUGUGCUCACAGCCUUGGAUGUCCUACAAAAGGAAAUCUGCGUAGGACCUGAGAAUAUGCAGAUUAUGUACCCAGCGAUUUUUGACGAGCUGUCUGCAUUUGUGCAGUUCUCCUGUAAACCCCCACAAUAUGGCAAGCUAGAAACAAAGCACAUUGCAAAUGCUAAAUAUAAUCAAAUCCAACUUUUUGCACCGGCUGAGUGGGUGGCCUUAAAUUAUGUACCUUUUGCAGAGAAAUCUUUAGAAGUCAUGGUGGAUCUUUACCAGAAAACAGCUUGUCAUAAAGCAGUAGUGAAUGAAAAAGUUCUUCAAAAUGUCAUUAAGACCUUAAGGGUACCACUUAGUUUGAAAUAUGCCUGUCCUUCAGAAAGCACAUGGAAGCUGGCUGUAUCUUCUUUGUUAAAAGUUCUCUCAGUUGGGCUACCUGUUGCUCGACAGCAUGUAUCUUCUGGGAAGUUUGACAGUAUGUGGCCAGAAUUGGCCUCCACCUUUGAAGACUUCUUAUUCACAAAAAGCACACCUCCAGAUAAUCUUUCCAUUGAAGAGUUUCAAAGAAACGAGGGUAUUGAUGUUGAGGUGGUACAGCUCAUCAGCAUGGAGAUUCUGCCCUAUGCCAAUUUUAUACCUAAAGAUUUUGUGGGUAAAAUCAUGACUAUGCUGAACAAAGGUUCCAUACACUCUCAGUCUUCGUCAUUUACCGAAGCCGAAAUAGACAUUAGGAUGCGGGAAGAGUUCUCUAAGGUGUGCUUUGAAACGUUGCUCCAGUUUUCAUUUAGCAAUAAAGUAUCAACACCACAAGAAGGGUACAUCUCUAGAAUGGCACUCUCCGUACUCUUAAAGCGAUCCCAAGAUGUCUUGCACCGCUACAUAGAGGAUGAAAAGCUGAGUGGGAAAUGUCCACUGCCAAGGCAACGUGUAACCGAAAUCAUAUUCGUUUUGAAGGCAGUCAGUACACUCAUAGAUUCACUUAAGAAAACUCAUCCUGAAAACGUUGAUGCCAACACGUGGGCACAGGUAAUCUCACUGUAUCCAACUCUAGUAGAAUGUAUCACAUGUUCCUCCUCUGAAGUGUGCACAGCCCUCAAAGAAGCUCUAGUUCCAUUUAAAGACUUCAUGCAUCCACCAGCAGCAGCCAAGGUCCAGAACGGAGAAUCUUGACCCUCUGCAAUGAUUGUGGAAGAGAUCAUCGGGAAAUCUACUCCCAAGUGAAUGUUUCCUUCUAAGUGAAAUUAUUUUUGAACGGACAAUUUUUGUGAACUGCGCUGAGCAGGCCUAUUGUGGACUAUUUUAAUUCUACUAACAGGCUCAGUAUUUCAUGGGUACAACCUUACACCUCAGUACAUGUUCCUGAUUAUGUAGCAGUGUGGGCCUUUUUUGACUUUAAAUGAAUACGAUGAAGUAAACUUUAAUUUUAUCUUGAUAUAGGAGUGGUGUGAUACUUGAAAGUGGGUUGCUCCAAAGCUCAUGGGAUUUGCUUGAUGUGUAAAUCAAAGUAUUACAGUUCAGUCGACCUUAUUAGACUGGUGAUUUGAUCCCACCGACAGUAUGCUGUGUACUUAAUUUUAUGCAAGACAGUACUACAACAUUCCAUAUUUUUUUUUGUUAGCGGCCUUUGUAAACCAAGAGAACUGACAUAUUUGUGUGUAAAAUAAAUGGUACAGUUCUGUAA